CCUUUUAUUUAUUUUAAAAUAUAAAAAAAAACACUUGGUGAGCGCAAAAACCCAUGGCGUGAGAACCAGAGGCUGUAUCAUCGAGACCAUUUUGUGGAGAUCGCGGCUUUUCAGUCAGCCGCCGGCGCGGUACUGUGUGAUCUAGCGCAGAGAAAGUUGAAGAUUGAAGAAGAUGGCAUGGAGGCAAAUGCUCUUCAAGGGGAGCCCAAUUUCUCAACCCCUUUCACCAACUGGGUUCGCUAGAUUCUUCUCCAAGCCAUCCCCUUAUGCAGUGAAAGUUGGAAUUCCAGAAUUUUUAAAUGGAAUAGGCAAAGGGGUGGAAUCCCAUGCGGCUAAGCUUGAAACUGAGGUGGGCAACUUCCAGAAACUGCUUGUCACUCGGACGCUCAGGCUGAAGAAACUUGGCAUCCCUUGCAAACAGAGGAAGCUGAUAUUGACACACGCCCACAAGUAUAGGCUGGGACUAUGGAGGCCUCGAGCGGUACCAAUGAAAUCCUAACUAGUUUAGGACUAGCUUGUUUAUUGAGAAUGUAUCAAAUGUCACAUUACAGGUGGAACUAUGCAGGUUUUACUUUUGUUUCUUAGUAAAGAUGUCAUUGCAGAGUGAUGUAGGAAACAUGCAGAAUUUGAUGUCAUCUGGUGUUCAACGUUCACAAUGCCUUGAUAAGCCCAUUAUCAUUGUGAAGUUUCGAAUUAUUUUGAUAUCCUUCUGGUUCAAAUUAAUUUGUUUAAUUAUCAACUUUA